AUGGAGGCAAAUUCUCUGAUUCAUAAACCCAAAAAGCAGAAACUGAAUGAAGAACAAGGCAUUUAUGGGAACAGAGAAAGCUUAAUUAGUAAAUUACCUGAUGAUGUUCUUCUACACAUCCUUUCCUUUCUUUCCACGAAAAGUAUUAUUAGGACGAGUGUACUUUCUAAAAGGUGGGAAUUCCUUUGGACUUCUAUUCCCAAUCUAUAUUUUGGAAAACCUUUGCCUGCUAAUAGAACACUUCACAUGAAUUUUGUGGAAAGAGCGCUCUAUCUUCGGGACGACUCUGAUAUAAAAGGAUUCUUUCUCAACAUUGACGUGCAAUGUGAUGUAUCUCGUGUUAAGUCAUGGAUCACUGCUGCAGUAAGGCAUAAUGUUCAAAAUUUGCAUAUCCGCCUUCAGGACUUGGAAGGACAAUUUUCAUUGCCUCAGAGUGUGUUUACUUGUGACACACUGAAAUGCUUAGUCCUUGAUAUUCCAUGUAUCCUCCAAGUUCCUCCUAUAAACUGUCUCUCAAAUCUAAUUGUGUUAAGACUUGAAAGUGUUACAUUUUCUGAUGAUUACACAACCCAGCAGCUCUUUUCUGGUUUGCCAAUCCUUGAGGUGUUGUAUUUAAUGGAAUGCAGAUGGGGGUGUCUCAAAGUUUUGAGGAUUUCUGCCCCCAAGCUUCAUUCUCUAACCAUAACUGAAGCUGAUCUGUGGAAACUGAGUGAUUGUGAUGGUCUGAGUGAUUGUGAUGAUCACCGUGAUUUUGAAGGUUGUCGUAUUAUGAUUUUUGGAGCUAAUAUCAAAUGUUUUUUUUACACCGGUGAAUUCUUAAAUGAAUAUUGGUUGUACAACUCAUUCUCACUAGAAAGGAAAUUGAUGUUACUCAGUCUAAUGUUUCUUACUGUUAUAAGAGGACAAGACAAGUUGCUUACCGCAUGCUGA